AUGCUAGACAUAGCGAACAAAGCCUCACCGGUCGGCUCGACGGUCUUCUCGGUCAUCGCCCUCGUCGUCAUCUCUCUCGUCGUUUUAGCCAUCUUGCGAUUCUACCUCCCCUUGCGCACGACUCCCGCCCACUACCUCGUCCCCAUCUUCUUCGCACUAUGGCUCCCUUCGGUCGUUGUUAUCCUGGUCCCCAUCGAUCUUGCCUCGAGCGCUAGAACCGACGAUGAGGCUACCCGGGGAAUAUGGCUUCCCGAGCGGGUGGUCGUGGUGGCUUGGAGGAUCACUUACUGGCUGACUUUUGUUCUCACAUGGGCCCUUCUCCCCAUACUUGGCGAAUACUCUGACGCCGGAUAUCGCGAACCUAUCGAGAGAUUACGCUACUCGGUCCGCCAAAAUGCUCAGUUCAUGGCCAUCUCCCUUGGGCUCGGUAUUGUUGGGUUCAUUUACAUCCUGAUCUCAUACGAGGUCAAACUAUCGCGCGCGAAGGACGUGACCAUGGCGUUGGCCUACUGUUGGGGUUUGGCGCUCGCCAUUUAUCUCAUGGGUCACGGGCUCGUUUCCAUCCCACGUCGGCUGAUCCGCAACGCCAGCGUCACCGGAAGAUUGCGCCGCCUACAGACCAAGGCACCUAAAGUGUACGAACGAAUGGAGGAUUCCCUAGUCAGUCUUGAAGAGGUAGAAUACCAGGUUUCCGAACUCAUCCGGCGCAAAACGGGGAGCGCCUUGGAAUUUCAAGACUGGAUCGAAGAGUUGCAGGAGAUGGCGAAUAUCGGCGAGAGUCAGUCCCGACCCGGAACCACCGACCCCAACUCACGGGUAAUACCAACUGUCAUCACGGAUAAAUUCCUUGCCAGCUUGACGCGGAAGCUCGUCAACGCACGCCAUACCCGAUCUCGAUAUUCGGACGAGUGGGCGCAGCUCAUACAAGAAGCACACGAAGCACAAGCGAUCAUCGACUCGGCAGCCUCAAAGAAGCUGGAUUUUGGUGAUGCCGACCCCCACGCAGGCUGGUGGAGCAGAACUAAGUUCCUUACCCCUUAUACCAGAUAUCUGCUAUAUUUCCAGAUCCUGCCGGUCGCAAACUUCUUGCUCGGGGUUCUAUGCGCGGUGGCUUCCGCUUCGAUCGUGUGGUCCGAAGUUAUCAAGGUCGCUGCACCCAACCUAUCACUCAUUCGUCUAACUGUUGUCCACCACUGGAGCCAAGGCAGAGCCGAAGUUGGCUUCGCUGGACAAACAAUCUCGACAUUCUGGGUAUGCUACAUGUUUGCCGCAGCGCUCACGUCGGUCACAGAGGUGCGAGUGUGGCGUGGAAGAGCUCUAGUGAAGCGCAAUACAGCCUACGAGUCUGCCUUCUGGUACGCAAUGCUGGUAGCCAGGCUCAGCGUCCCCCUUUCCUACAAUUUCGUCACCUUCCUAUCCCCAGAUGUAUACAAGAAGACAAUCUUCUUCAAGUUCCUAGGACAGUCCAUUGUCUUAACCGAUAUUGGUCGCUGGUUCGAUAGACUCUUCCCAGCCUUCAUCUUAGUCCCGGUUCUCGCCACCAUUUUUGGUCUCUAUAAGAAAGUAAAGCGUAUUUUCGUCGGCCUGGACGUCAUCGAAGACGAGGAUGAAAAUCCCACGGGGUAUGGAACGGGUUCGUGGCGGGAGGGUCGUGAUCUCAUUGACCGGGAGCUCCGUGGGAACUCUCUCCUCCGUCGACGAGACGACGGCUUCUCAAGACUGUCAACCACGGCUGCUGGCGGCACAGCAGGCCGAUCCGCGCCAGUUCUUUCUAUCCCAGCGGCCAGGAAUGCAGCGACCUCCCCUUCGCCCUCGCGAGCUGCGUCCAACGCCAAUCGCGCAGGCCCCUCUUCAUCAUCCCGGGGUCGCGUAAUUGAUGAGCCGGAAGAUGAGAACAUCUUCUCCAUCAUCGGGCAUCGCAUGAAGAACACGAUGGACACCAUCGAGACUCCCAAGUGGAUGCAGGGCUUUGGUCAGGGGAUAAAGACCCCCAAGUGGAUGGGCGGGGCCGAGGAUGGCGAGCAAUCGCAGGGUGCAGAGCGCGGACGCAGCAGCUCGGAUAUUAGAAGAUGGUUUGGGGGCGAUGGACAUAUUCGCUUAUAG